AUGGCUUCAAACUACUACGUCAAAGUCGCAAAUCUCUCUGAGAAAACUGAAGAGCCGGAGCUGCGCGAUUUCUUUGCGUUUUGCGGAAAGAUUGAAAGCAUCGAUUUCAACAAGAAUGGCGACUCUACGGUCUAUUUUGAGAAGCCCUCCGCAGUAUCCACCGCGUUGAUGCUCAACGAUGGCACGCUGGAUGGUGCUAAGCUCUUAGUCACAGCCGAUCAGGAGCAUCCGGAUGAGGACCAUGAAUCUCCACAAGCUGAAGGAGAGCCGAUUGCGCAGGAAGAUAAGCCCAGAGCGGGAAUCGCCGCCGAAUAUCUUGCAAAGGGUUAUACACUAUCGGACCAAAUACUAGAUCGUGCCAUCAAAUUAGACCAGGAAAGGGGUAUAUCCAAGCGCUUCCUGUCUUACUUCCAAAGCCUUGAUAGCACGAUUGGCGCCAAGACUCUUGGGCCUGAAAAGACAGUAUCUGGAAAGGUACAGGAGACGCUGACAAGUGCGACGGAACGUGCCCGCGCAAUUGACGAGCAGAAAGGGAUCUCAACGAGUCUGCAUGACUACUAUGCCAAAGCAGUAAAUUCUCCGAUUGGCCAGAGGGUCAAAUCCUUCUAUAUGACUACGAACAAGCAACUCAAGGACAUACAUGAAGAAGCACGCCACAUCGCGGAUAGUCACAAGCCUGCACCGGGAACAACUACUGGUGUCGCAGCAGAGCAGCCAGUCCCUGCACCUGCUGCCCCUCCCGCAGCGACUGAAUCGACUGACACGUCCACUCUUCCAUCCCAGGCUCCGGCUGCGUAG